GGGAAAUCCUCGAGUCAGAAGCGCUCCGAUGGGUCCGGGGCCGGUGUUAUCGAGCUGUCUCACCCGAAUCUGGUGUUGGUGCGCCUGGAACGUACAUAGAUCAGCGUGUGCUGUACCCCACAAUAUCACCCGUCCAGACCACGUCCCACGAUGAGUGAUCGGGAGUUGAUGGUGCUGACUCCUGCGGCUGCGGGGACCGAGUCGUGCAUCAUCAUCCUCGGACGCGGCGGUGCAUGGCGUGCCUAUGGCCUGGUUGCGCGGGUCGGAGGCGUGGUCGUAGGGCAUUUGUUCGAGUCACAGAUGAGACGAAGGUUUGUUCACGCAGGCUGUGCACCUGAUGUAGGUCUUUGUGCGCGCAGAGUCCUGAUCGCAUAAAGGCUGCAGGGGCGAAUGGGCACGACCUCAUAUUCGAGCCCAGUCGCCCCGCAGCCAUUGCCACACUACCACACACUCAGCUGCAUACAUCACCCACCCUGCACACACCGACAAUGUCGAGCAGCUCAUCAUCCGGGUCUACCCUCAUCUCACCCUCUCUGGUCUCCGUGACCACGACGUCGAGCGCAUCCUCAUCCACGCCGCUUAGGAAGCCAUCAUCACCUCCCAAGGACUUCUCUGCCGCGUUUGGCCUCCUGUCAUCCCAGUAUGGCGUAGGCCUCGCGAAGUCACCACUGCCACCAGCUGCAGCACCACAAAAGGAGGGGAAGGAGAAGAGAAAGGAGAAGCGGUCGACGAGCGAGAAGGAGGAGGCGAGGACGUCAAGCGGAACGAAGGACUUUGAGGCAGCGCACGCGGCGUUGUCGUCGCGGUUUGGUUUUGGAGGGAGCUGGCCGAUACCGAAGAGGCAGACGAAGACGAAGGACGCGGGGAGAUGAGCAGGACGGGUCAGUUUCUCGGCUUCUGAUUGGGCAGGGACUACGUUAUCCUCUCGUGUAAUCGCCCAAAAAGGCUACCACAUUGCCGUUUCC